CGGUAUAUAUGCGUCCUUGCGGCUGCUACUAGCAGCUCGCCGCCGCCGCCGCACCGCAGACUGUGCGAGCUGCGCUCACAGUCUGCAGUGAGUGUGCUAGACCGCUAGUUCACUGAGAUCGAUCGAUCGAUGGAGGAGGGGCUCCCGCCGGGGUUCCGGUUCCACCCGACGGACGAGGAGCUCGUCACCUACUACCUCACCCGCAAGGUCUCCGACUUCGCCUUCGCCACCCGCGCCAUCGCCGACGUCGACCUCAACAAGUGCGAGCCAUGGGAUCUCCCAGGCAAAGCUAGCAUGGGUGAGAAGGAGUGGUACUUCUUCAGCAUGCGUGACCGCAAGUACCCGACCGGCAUCCGCACGAACCGCGCCACCGACUCCGGAUACUGGAAGACCACCGGCAAGGAUAAGGAGAUCUUCCACUGCGGCAUGCUCGUGGGGAUGAAGAAAACCCUAGUCUUCUACAGGGGCAGGGCUCCCAAGGGAGAGAAGACCAGCUGGGUCAUGCACGAGUACAGGCUCCAGAACAAGUUCCCUUACAAACCCAACAAGGAGGAAUGGGUGGUGUGCAGGGUGUUCAAGAAGUGCCAGAUCAUCAAGAUGAGGCCCCCACAGGGCAGCCCCACGAUGGACGACUCCCCAUGCCACGACGGCAACGCCUCCCUAGGCGAGCUCGGGGAGCUCGACGUCUCCUCCAUCCUCGGCAGCUUCACGCCGGCCGCGGCGCACGCCUCGUCCACCAGCUCGCCGGGCGCGCUCCACCAGGGCGCCGGCGAGAGCUUUGGCCACAGGAUGGACAUAAACGCGUACAUGAGCUGGAUGGCGGCAGCCAACCAGGGCGCUGCGGCGGCGGCGGCCGCGGCCAUGCUUCCCUGGGCCACGACGCCGGGACUGUUCGGCAACGUCUUCGCGCCGAACCACCAGCUGGUGCAGAAGCCGCUGCCGUUCGCCGGGUGCAGCCAGCCGCGGGACUUCGGCGGCGUUGCGGCGAACGUCGGAAGUGAGCAUGCCAUGUUCGCAAGCUCGUUGGCAAAGGUUGAAAUGGAAUGCGAUCAGCAGCAGCAGCAGCCGGCGCCGGCGCCGGAGCAGCAGCUGGGGAUGGACGAGUCGACGUGGAGAGCAUUCUGAUCCAUCGCCGUCUAUAUUAUAUACGAACAAAUUGUUACUACACCACAGCGAUCAACUUAGUCCUGGACUUGUGUCAAUUGUUAUGCAAUCAUAGGGGAAUAUUCUAGGUGAUAUAUAUGGGACAAACCCAUAUGGUCGAAAUCAGUAAGUUUAAUUAGAAAAGUGCAUGUUAAAAUGGGACAACCCACUAGGUCAAAACAAGUUAAGUUUUACUUAGGUGUCUGUUGAUUUGCGUACUAUGUUUUGUAAGAAACAUUAUAUACUUUGUCAACUUGUUAUUGUAAGGAAAUGGUAAAAUCUCUUAGU